AUGCCUCCCGUGCCCAUCAUCCACGCUCACUCUGGCAGGCCAUCCACCGGCCCGUUGGUGUAUGCUCGCGAGACAUCAUUCAGAAUCGUCCGAGCCUUGUCCCAACACGAAUCGGCUCUUCCUCUCGCAACUGGUAUCGCGGUGAUACAAGAGACCCAGUCCCACUCCAUCUUUUACGGCUGCCAGCCCUGCUCCAUUGCUGCUCAAUGUCACAUUGUCCUACCUCUCGAGAUCGCCGAGCUCCGAGGCCACAUCUUCAGCUCGAGGCACUUGGAAAGUGUUUCUGUAACAAAAACAAAGGUAGAGAGGCAUAUAACACCGCCUGCCUCGGAACCUACCUCCUUGACUUCUUCUCCCUCUCCUCCUCCGGCUUCUGCUCCCUCGCCUCUGGCGAACACUCAAGGUAUUCUUCCUCCUCCAUCUUGGUACAACCAGCCCACUCCUUCACCUACCGUGUCCAGCUCCUCCCUCUAUACCGUCUCCACGUUCGACCCUAUGGACGCAGAGAUGGAGGAGGACGAAGUGGAGAUGUCGGUCUCGCCAAGGCCGCUCUGCACUACCUAUCCUCUCUCGCGCGCGCGCCUUUGGCUCAGUCAUAGCCCAAUCCUCUCUUCUGCCUCUCCUCCCGCCCCGAACGUCCCGUUCCCGACAUCCGUUCCCAUGCGACGCUCCAUUUCCGACAUCUAUCCGCCCACCGUGUCCAAUAUAUCGGGCGCCCAUAGCGGUCCAGGCAUGUCUCGACGAGCCACUCUUCCAACCCAAGUCAGGAACCCGCACAUGGUCCUUCCCCUGCCUGGUUCCAACAGCAAGCUGCCGGUACUCCCACCUACUCCUCCUCUCACUUCUCCUUCUUCUCCCGCCUUCUCCGACUCUUCCUUCUCCGAGAUCAAGGCCUACCAGUGCAAGCCCUGCGUCUACACCGGCCUAUUCUGCGGUACCCUGCCCAACGACCCAGAAGCUUUGCGCCUUCAUUCUUCCAGCGAGGGGCACAAGCAGUCUUUGGCCAUCUACUCCGCGCCCCACGUUCUUCCCCAGCCCCACCAGCACGCUCACGCUCACGAGACGAGCCUCGUCGAGCGAGCACGAUACGCUCCAUACGAGCACCGACGAUCUCCCCGCCCUCCCCCUCGUGACUCUCCCAUCCUUCAUAUGCCCCGCCCACAGCGCCCUCACGGAGAUUGGAAGAUGCUCAAAUCGUCUUCCUUCCCGACUCUCUCCCGUCCCUAUCGCGACAACACUCACUCGAGAAAGAAGCAGCGUCGUGCUCGAUCCCGAGAAGCAGAGUCAGAGGUCGAUGGUGGGCAUGACGCUCGAGGGUGGUUGGAUGCGUUAGCCCAUGUGGCGGCUAUGGAGCUCGAUUAG